CCGUUACCUACUCACCUGGAAAGCCAAACUGCCCAUUUCUCUUCCUAAGAAAGUUGGGCAGAACAAAAAUGGCCUCUCCAAUACAGCUGCAAUACACCAACCUGGUGCAUUAAAUCAACUGCUAAUCAAGUGCUUGCGCUCAAGGCCAAUCCAUUUUUGACCCACUCAACCAGUGUUUUUGAACGUUAAGAGAAGAUCUUCUCGCCAGUUAGGCGUUCCAUACAUAGAAAGGAAGCAGUAGGGACUCCCCUUUGUUGAAGCAGUUGGCUAAAAUCAAGGAUAUGCUCCUUCUGUCCUUUGGUAGCACAGAUGGAUAAUCGCUCAAAUAGGGGCAAACUGCAAAAAUGGGAAGCUGGAUUCCUCUAACCUAUAUGAUAUCCUAAGGAGAAAAUCGGUUAGAAAGUCAUGGAUGUGUUUCAUUUGGAAAAAUUACAUUCCCCCAGAUAUUCUUUUAUUCUAUGGCUUUGCUUUCGAAAUAGAUUAUCCAUAGCUGGAAAUCUUUGGUAUAUGGAUGUGCAUAGGAAUUGUGGUUUCUGUCAUACCCAUCUCGAAACUGUGGAGCAUUUGUUUUUCGUGUGCCCGGUGACUGGUACCAUUUGGAAGGUUAUUUGUGAGUGGUUGGGAAUUAGAAGACCUCUUCAUACCCUCCAUAGUUCAGUAGAAUGGAUGAAAAAGGAGUGGAGGGGUGCAAGACUAACUAGAAUUGCUCUAGCUUGUACGGUUUACUCAAUCUGGAAAGCCCGAAAUACCGGACUGUUUGGAGGGGCAAAAGCCACGAGUGAUGAAAUGAUUUUGCAAAUCAAAGUGCUUACUUACAAGAUUUUAUAUAGACUUUAUCCGUCGAACAUGAUAAACUUCUGAUGCCCCGAUAGAUGGGUUACUAGUUUACUGAACAGUUUCUGUCCAUUUAUAUGAACCCUGUUGGUUCCUAUGAGUAGUGUGGCUGGUUUGUGUUCACAGGGGACUGUUUUUGUGCUUCGUGAUAGCUGGUUUUUGUAAUGUGGUUGUUUUUGUAUGAUUUGUUGUUGGUAACUUUGGGGGUAUGCCCCUUGAACUC